GUCUGGGCAAGGAAGACUGGAGCAAGCCGGAGAAUCUGCAGGUUCUGAGGCACCUGGAGAGCCUUUUUGGCCUGACGGCACGCGCGGUGCUGCGGGCCUGGCGACUGCAAGUGGCCAAGGAAAUGGCCUUCAAUGCGAUGUUGAUGUUGCCGGAUGAUCAGGAAGACCUCCAAGCCCUGGAGUUCCUCGAUUCCGUCUCGGCCUUCUCCGAAGCGAGGCUGGCGUGA